AUGCCUACAGAGUCUGCAGGAACCCCCACGGACUCCCGUGCAGGGACUGCCGCAGCCGAGUCCACUGCGGCCUCCUCGCCACUGGAUUCGACUGAGUUGAACCCUCCUACAGAAAAGCCGAAGGAGGAGUUGUCUGACUCGGAGGAUGCCGUGGAAAUGGAUAGCAAGGCCAAUGCCUUGAUGCAUUUGUUGAAAACUAGUUCGGUUUUCGUUGCUAUCAUGUCGGAUAAGAUGAAGAAACAACAAGAGGAGGCCAAGUUGGCAGCAGCUAAAGAGCGCCAACAAUCUGCGACUGAGUCGAAAAAAACAAAGCCUGCUCCUCAGCCUACGCAACGGACCACCCGUGCUCGGGGCGGUCAGGAGCCUGGUGUACAGAAGAACUCGAACGCUGGUGUUGAUGAUGAUGAUGAUGAUGAUGUUGUUGUUGAUAAUGAUGAUAAGACGAAAAGGAAGAGCAAGCCAGGCCGGCCUGCACGUUCCACUGGGAACGGAAAGUCGAUAUCCAAUUACUUCAAAAAAGCCAAUGUCGAAGUGACCGAGAAAAAUCCGUCGGUACAACAAGCCCUUGAACAAGCGGCAGAUGUUUAUGAGGCCAAUCCGACCGCCAUAGGUGAACAAGAGUUGGUUGCAACACAGCAGCCUGAAUUCGUCACCGGUGGAAAGAUGCGGACCUACCAGUUAGAAGGCUUGGAGUGGCUUAAGUCACUCUGGAUGAACGGGCUCUGUGGUAUUCUUGCCGAUGAAAUGGGUCUCGGUAAGACUGUUCAGGCAAUAUCAAUGAUCGCCUUCUUGAAAGAAAAGAAAGUGAAGGGUCCAUUCUUGAUUGCUGCGCCGCUAAGUACAGUCAGUAAUUGGGUGGACGAGUUCGCAAGAUGGACUCCCGGAAUCAAUACGGUGCUCUACCACGGCUCAAAGACUGAGCGUGCUGCGAUUCGCAGGAAAUCCAUGAAAAUGAAGGACCAGGGAAAUAUGGACUUCCCCGUCGUCUGCACUUCCUACGAAAUUUGCAUGAAUGAUCGCAAGUUCCUAGGUCAAUAUGAGUGGCGUUACAUUGUUGUGGUACGUAUGCUCUUGUGCAUUCCUUCGCCUUGUCUUUGUAUGAUGCUAACUGACUGGCAGGACGAAGGUCAUCGCCUAAAGAAUAUGAACUGCAAACUGAUCAAGGAGCUUCUGACUUACAAGUCCGCCAACCGACUUCUCAUCACUGGAACUCCAUUGCAGAAUAAUAUCUCAGAGUUGUGGUCACUCCUCCACUUCCUUUUGCCCAAUGUCUUCAAUGACCUGAACUCCUUCGAGGGCUGGUUUGACUUCUCUUCCGUUCUUGAUACCAACAACCAGGCAGAACGUGUGGAGAAACGCAAGCGCAACUUGGUCACGAGUAUGCAUGCCAUUCUAAAGCCAUUCCUUUUACGUCGCUUGAAGACAGAUGUGGAACAUUCUCUCCCAAAGAAGCGGGAGUACAUCUUGUAUGCUCCUCUGACGGCAGAGCAAAAGGAUUUGUACCGGGAAAUCAUCAAUGGGACAGGGCGGCAAUACCUUGAAGGCAAAGCUUUAGAACGUCUGGAAAGCAAAAGUGCUUCAUCAUCUCGCCCCCAAAGCGUAAAGCGGAAACGAAGCGACAGCGAUGAAUCUACCCCCGUCCAAAGUACGGGAGCCAGUAAAGCCUCUACACCUGGCAGCCACGCAGAUUCAUCCAAGCGCCGUCGUCGCAGCACCCGCCAGGCGACAUACCAGGAUCAGAGUGAUGGAGAAUUUGAUGAACAUCUUCGCAAGCUUGAACUUGGAAUCCAAGAGGAAGAAGAACCGGAGCAUGAGCCUAGUGAAACUGAGCUCGUAGAACAAGAACGGGCGAAGAAUCUGAAACUAGCCAAGAAGGAGAUUGCUCAAAAGAAGAUGCAAAACCCAGUGUUACAGGCACGACUCGCCUGUAACUCACCUCACAACUUCUACUGGCCUUGGAUGGACGAGUCUGAUGCGCCAGAUGAAACGCUUGUCUCUGCUUCUGGCAAGAUGCUUUUGCUGGACCGUUUAGUCUCUUGUCUCCUUGAGAAAGGACACAAAAUCCUUAUCUUCUCUCAAUUUAAAACACAACUCGACAUCAUUGAAGAGUAUGCGACGAACCUACGGUCUUGGGAAUGCUGCCGCAUUGAUGGCGCAAUUGCGCAGUCAGAUCGUCGGGAUCAAAUAAAGGACUUUAAUACGAAGAAGUCUCAUAAGAUCUUCUUGCUGAGCACCCGAGCUGGCGGUCAGGGCAUCAACCUUGUCGCAGCUGACACCGUGAUCCUGUUUGAUUCGGAUUGGAACCCCCAGCAAGAUCUCCAAGCCCAGGAUCGGGCACACCGCAUCGGCCAAACCCGCCCAGUGAUCAUUUACCGACUGGCAACUAAGGGCACUGUGGAACAGACCUUGCUUGAAAAGGCGGACUCUAAGCGCCGUCUCGAGCGCCUCGUCAUUCAGAAAGGCAAAUUCCGAUCCCUCCUGGACCCCGGCGCAGCUUCGCAGGACGUGGAUGAACUUCGCAAAGUCCUCGGCGAAAACGAAUUCGAGCGUUUCGAAGUUGGCAAUGACCCUACAUCCGUCUUGUCGAAUGAAGAUCUUGAUAUUUUGACCGAUCGUUCCGAGGAAGCCUAUUCCCGAGCCGAGAAAGGCCUCGAUCGCAACGGGGCUGCUUUCGUUGCUGUCGAAACAAAGCGUGAUCCCGACGAAAGCAUUCUUUCGUAA